UCCCGUCAUCAGCAGUGUGCAGCAGUCGCUACAGACGGUAGCAGGUAGAAGGUUUUAUGCUGUUGGCGGUGCUGGCAGAGUGAUCGGGUAGCUGCUGAAGUAUUUUGUUAUUUUUGUGCAAAGUUCCGUAUUUUUUAAAAAGUAGCGACAGAAGAGGAACUGAAUCGAUAUGGGAUCAGAACAGCAGUUUUGUUUGAGGUGGAAUAAUCAUCAAAGCACUUUGGUUGCUGUUUUUGAUACUUUACUGGAGAGUGGAACUUUGGUUGACUGCACUUUGGCAGCUGAAGGCCAAUACUUGAAAGCGCAUAAAGUAGUUCUUUCCGCGUGUAGUCCUUACUUUGAGCUCCUGCUGAGUCAGCAUUAUGAGAAACACCCGAUCGUUAUUCUUAAAGAUGUGAAAUUCCAAGAAUUGAAAGCUAUGAUGGAUUAUAUGUAUCGGGGUGAAGUGAAUAUUUCUCAAGAUCAAUUAGGAGCUUUAUUGAAAGCCGCCGAAUCUCUGCAGAUAAAGGGUUUAUCGGAUAGCGGUGGCGGAGGUACAGAGAGGGAAGUGGAACCUAAGAGGAGAAAAGAAUCGGUUCCACCUCCUCCCACACCAGCAAGAACGCCACCUAUUCUACAGCAUUCGUCGUCGGGCCUCACUAUCGAGCAUCGACGAACGGCGCAGCCAUCUCAAGUUCCGCAAGUUAUUGAUUUACCCGAGGAUGCCCCGCCGCCGAUGCCGUUGCAGAAGAUGGCCACGACGAGGGAGGGCAGCAUUUCGCCCGUCUCACGUAAACGGAAGAAGCAUAGACGCCGAUCAAGUUGUGAUGAGAACAGUUUAGGGGCACCUGGUGUUUUACCAUCAACUGACAAUCACGAAACAAGUAGCUCGUGUGAACUUCCACCCCAAUCGCAGGUACCUCCUGCUCCAAGUAUACCCGCCACCAUAACGCCGGUUACGUCGACGCCAAUACCCAAACCGUCGUUAGAUACCCAGUUAAGUCAUACAACUGAGGAGAAAAACAGUGACUCUGAGAUUAUGAGCAAACCUUUGGCCUCAGUGCAAGGUGCUGUAGCCUCCCCACAGACAAUGCCAAUUGAACCUGAACCUGUUGUGCAUAAAGUAGAGCCACAGACUGAACCUCUAUUAGAACCAAAGUCAGAGUACCUGGAGGAAGUGAACGAUGACAGUGUGGAGGACUUGACUUUAGAUGAUGACAUGGACGAUAUGGAUCAGCCUAGAGCGGGUCCUUCGCAUGGUGGGGAGGGUUCCAGCAGUCAAGGAACAGGCUUUGCACCGUGGCAUGUAACUGCAACUGACAGAUCGACGGAUGAAGUCUUCAUGGCUGCGCAGGAAGCGGUUGGUGCUCAUAGGGAUUCUCAAGAUGAUAAGGACUGGCAGUGGUCAACAUAUCCACCUCCGACCAAGCAGUUUCAUCAACAUCCUCAUGGGAGAGAAGCAGAAUUAUUAUCAGACAGUGAAAGAUUAUGGAGUUCCUACUACGAAGGCUGGACGUGUCCCCCCAGCCCACAAAAAUUUGGCGAAAUUGUGUCAGUGGUCAGUAUUAAUAGUGAGGAACGAAAGAAAUUUAAAUGCCCUAAUUGCCUGAAAGGUUAUUGCUCCAGAGGUACAUUGUUACGACAUUUGAAGUUAGAAUGUGGGAAAGAUCCACAGUUCCAUUGUCCUAAUUGUAGCUAUCAGACGAAACAUAAAAGCAAUCUCCAAAGACAUCUAGCAAUACACAGAAUAGAUUAGGUGAAAUGGUAGCAUGCCGUGGAAAACGUGUGUAUUUAGAGCGCAGCCAGCUGAAUAUCUGAUGUAACAUACGCAAGACAAAUCUUAGCUUAAAAUAUUUAUGUUUGAAAGGUGUUGUAAACUGAUUAUAUGGUAAACCAGCAACUGAAUUAUGAAAUGGGAAGAUUUGUUGCACUAAUUAACUUCUUUGAUCUCUCUCUCUCUCUCUCUCUCUCUCUCUCUCUCUCUCAUAUGUUGAGAAGGAGAAUAAAAUGUCAUUAAACAGUAUGGACAUAUGAAAGCAGUUAUAGGAAAGAUGACUUAGAUUUGUUAUGAGUAUUCUGGAAAAGUGUGUUGUGUACCUGUUUGGGUAACCACGUUUGGAAUCUUUAGAAGUAGACCUAGUAGCGGAGUAUGAAGGAAUUUUGAGUGCAGUGUUAAAAUCAUAAUAAGUUGGUAUGGUUCAUAGGAGAGAGUAACAGAGAAGCUUAAGGAAGUUAAAUGGGAACUGUUGGAGCGAAGAUAGUGUUAUUAUUAGGAAACAGUAUUGAGUAAAUUUGGAGAACCACUAUUUAAGUUUCACAGUGUGACAAUACUUUUGCCUCUGUUUCUAUGCAUCUGUUCAUGAGAGUAGGUUAAGAGAGAUUAGGAGAAAUGUGAAAGCAUACCAGUAGUAAUUCUAGGAACAAACGGGAGGAGGGGGACGAUAAGUAAUGGUAGUAAAUACUCUCUUCCAUGCAGCGUACAGUGGAUUGUGUAGCAAGAAUGGAUAAAAAAAAUCAUAUUCUGGAUAGAAAAAUUAAAAAAAAUCAGUUAAAUAAUAAACACACGUACCCUCUGUUUACUCACCACUGAUAACUGUAUGACAUUCGUGCACAUCUUGUUUAUACAACAGCUGAUUAAGUGUAGUGUUUCAUUGCCUUGUUUUUUCAGUAUUGCCAGUGGUAAUAACUUCUCAAAUAAUGUGCGGAACAGCAAUGAAUGUGCUAUUCAAAUUACAAGCAUUGCUGUUUUUAUUUUGCUUGAAGAGGCAAAUAUUAAAUUGAGGCUUAUUUGAAAUUCUAAUCCAUACUAGCUUUCUAACAGAGAACACACAGCACACACAAAAUAAGUUAAGAUUCCAAAAUGGAGUAUUAUGGUGUCAUAUUCUAGAUUUAGAUAGAAAUUUACUGGACUUCUAUUAGGUUGUGUGUCAUUUAGAUUCAAAAACUUGUAAAUUAUCUUUGUGUUCAAAAUCCAUCACUCCAAUGAAAUAUAUUCAAGUGGCAGGAUAUUUUAGUCUCAUUUUAUUGUUGUUAUUGUUGUUGCUGCUCAUUCCUUGUUUCAUACAUAAUGUUAUUCAUGAUAUGAACUACACAAAAUAAUUAAAAUUGUCCCUAGUAUUGUAAUAAUGGAAACAUUUCAUCUGAGAUGUUAAUGAAAUGAUCUGAGAUGUUAAUGAAAUGAUCUGAGAUGUUAAUGAAAUGAUCUGAGAUGUUAAUGAAAUGAAAAUGAUUUGUUAAUGUAUAUCCCCAAGUGUUCUCAGAAAUGUCAAAUGCCUAUCAGAGGUGGAUAAACGAAGCGGUGUGCAGUGAGUUAUGUACACAGUGUUUUUUCAAUAAUUAAGCAUAAGAAUGUAAAUGGGAUAGCUGUGAAGAGAGAAUAUUGACUGCUUUAGUGAAGGGAAUUUGUAUUGGAAAUGAUUCGUAGUAACAGUCUACAUUGUAUGCUUAAAACAUUUGUUUUGGGCAUGCCACUUUUAUAUUAAUGGCACACACAUUAGAGUUUAAUAAAGUGACAUAAAAAUAA